AGGAGACAACACAGGAGACAGACCGGGGACUGAGAACAUUCACACUGAAACAAGUGAUUUUUUGUCUCUCUUUUUUUGCGUUUGUAUUUUUCCAACCGAGAGGCUUUUUUUUUCGUUUGUUAAACUCGGUGGCGGAAUAAGAAGUGAAGCGACCCCGGACCGGAACUUAAUUAUUGGACACCUUUUAAAUUUUGGAAACGGCAAACACUGACGAAAAUCCAUUUUUAUUGUUUUGGACAUAUUUUUGAGAUGCAAUUUCUACUUGUUCUUGUCUGGGGAAAGUGUUUUAUUUGAAUUUAUCCAGUUUGAUCAUUUCUGCGACUUGGAUUUACUGUGAGGACGUGCUGUGGAUUAGUUUGAGAUGAGCUGGACGCAGUUGCUCAGGAUGGUUGUGUGUGCAGUGAGCUGUCUCCGCUGUGCAACUGCUCUGCCUGCUGCAGGCUGUGAGGGAGACGAGUGCAGCAGAAGCCAGAUCUCCACUUCAUCCUCCUCCUCUUCUUCUUCUUCUCUAUCACCCCCUUUAUCUUCCUCUGUGGUGGCGAAAUCCCCACAGCCCUCCCAGGACUUCCUGGGCCAGUUUACCCAGGUGAACUCACCAAACAGCGGGGACCGUAAACACCGUGACGCCAGCGCCGUCCUGCCCUUCAUUGGCCUCACGGGCAGUGCUGAGCAGAGUCGCAGCUGCUGUAGAAAUGGAGGAACGUGCAUCCUGGGCAGCUUCUGCGCUUGCCCGCCGUUCUUCACGGGGAGGAGCUGCGAGUACGACCAGCGCAUCGUCAUGCGUCUUGUGUGUGUCUGCAGGAGCUGCGGUAAGAUUCCUCACGGCGAGUGGGUUCGGAAAGGAUGCUCCUACUGUCGCUGUGGUUACGGCGUCAUGCACUGCUUCCCCCACGUCUUCCAUAAAGACUGCGAUGACUCAGAGGAGGUGCACUGGUAUCAUUCAUCAGCUGUCAGGACAGUUCAGCCUAGCUGCUUCCUGUAUGUGACGCUGCUUCUCCCCCUGCUUCUCCUCCUCUGAUAUUUAUUUAUGUUUUUAAUGACGAAGAAGAGGAGUUGAUGUGAAACACUGAGCUGUGGACAGUACAACAUUUCUCAAGCUGCCUCUUCAAGACUAAUUUCUGUAUCCAACCCAUUUCAAUUUUAUGAGCUUUUUAAAGAAAAUUUGUAAUUAUCUAAAUGCUGCUGCAGGGGAGGUGUGAAAUAUUGUUGGAAAACUGGAAAUCAGGAGAAGACAUUGUCCUUGUAAGUGUUGUUAAAAACACAUUAUCUGGAUUUUAAACUCGCAGUUUGAAUGAUGGGGUUUAUGCGGACCUUUUGCUGUGUCAUGGUUUGUGGGGACCCUCUGAUGGGUCAUGCUUUAUGGGGACCUUCUGCUGUGUCAUAAUUUAAGGGGACCUCCAGUAGGUUUUCUGCACUAAACCGUGCUGUUUGGGCACCAGCACCUCUUGAAUGGACUCCAACAUACCACUGGACAAAUUUUAACAUUUUCAAGAAUUCAGGAAACUCUUAAGUUGACUAAUCAGUUUCUUUAAGGAAAACAAUCAGUUGGUGUAACUUCUUACCAUCUUUACACAUACAUUUGCUUGUUGCCUCUUUUCAGACGUUUGAAGUGAAUCAGGAGUUUAACAGUGAACAAAACAGCAACUGAAGCUCAAACACUUCUGUGUAAAACUUUUCCUUCCAGUGGAAGGUCACCUGUGUCUGUGGUGUACGUGAAGGAAGCUGUACAUAAGAUUUUUUAUUAAACAGUAUGUUUUUUCUGUUAUUUUAGGCUCUGUAGCUUAAUAUGAUUUUUGAUUGUAAAGAACACAAGAGUUUAUGCACCUAACUUCUUUUGUUUGCACAAACUAAACUCAUGUGACAAUUUGUACCUUGAAUAUAAACGUAUUGAUUAUGUAUUUACAAAAUUGUUCUGUUGCACAAGUUUUGUGUUGUGAGAAAUGUUAUAGUUGGAAAAACAUGUUUACAUCAUUAAAACAAAUACAACA